UGAUGUCAAGAGAUGCUAAAAGCGGUGUCUGGGUAGAGAAGCCAAGCUCAACACACUUCGAUUAUCAUAUUCUCACAAUGUGUACAAAUAGGUUCUCGUGUUGAGGAGAUACAUAGUUACCAUACUGCUUUCUUCAGCAUUUUGUAAAAGAGCCAACCGCAUUUUAGGACAACACCGCCACGUCUUGAGUCGUUGUUAGCGGACGCCGGGGCUAACAUUUACAGUAGAUGCUAACGGUAGCUAUUUAGCCUUAGCAAGCUAACUUAAUAGAACACCACAUUAACCUGGGAAGACUUGACGUGGGAUUAAACAGAAGAUGCACAGCACAAUGAUUCCACUAACUACAAGUUUUUUGUUGCAAUGAGGAGCACCAGAGACCAGCUCUGAGGCCUCAGAGCCAUGAACUCUGUUUCCCCCAGCGCUGUCCAGUACGUGGGGGGAGUGAUGCAGGAUGAACUGGUUGAGACGCGGAGGCAGCAGCCUCCUGAACGGCAGAGCAGCUACAGCCACAGACCUCCUCAGACUGCUGAUCCCAGCCGAGAAACAUCAGGAGAGCCUGACGAGAUGGAUAAACUCAAAGCCAAAUUAAUGUCAGCGUGGAAUAACGUCAAAUACGGCUGGACAGUUAAGUCUAAAACAUUCUUUAACAAAGCAUCACCUGUCACAGUGCUGGGACACUCCUAUCUGCUCAACAGUGAGGAUGAAGUGGAACGUUUCCGCCUGGCUUUUGUGUCCUGUAUUUGGCUAACCUACAGGAGGGAGUUCCCUCAACUGGAGGGCUCCACCUGGACCACAGACUGUGGCUGGGGCUGCAUGCUGCGUAGUGGGCAGAUGCUGCUGGCACAGGGACUUCUAGUCCAUUUGAUGCCCAGAGAUUGGGCCUGGCCAGAUGCUCAUCAACUGACUGAUGUAGACUUUGAAGUCUUCCGUCCACGCUCUCCUGCUCGGGCUGCAGGGGUCCCUAUCCCCUCCUUUGGUUCUCCACGAGCACCCAACACCCCGGAGAAAUCCCUGCCAAGUGAUCAGGUGACCAAAAACAGCCAGAAGAGGCGACCUGAGUGUGCAAGGGACAGGCAGGCAGAGCCUCUCCAUCGCAGACUGGUCACCUGGUUUGGGGAUCAACCACCAGCACCUUUCGGAGUUCAUGAGCUGGUGGAAAUUGGCAAAAGUUCAGGGAAGAAGGCUGGUGACUGGUACGGCCCCUCUAUAGUUGCACACAUACUACGGAAAGCUGUGGCUAAAACCUCUGUGGUCCACAACCUGGCUGUAUAUGUGGCUCAGGACUGCACAGUGUACAAAGAGGAUGUGGUCCAUCUGUGUGAUCUGUCACUAAGCCAAACUCCCCCUGAUCCGUCCAACCAAGCAUGGAAGUCAGUCAUCAUACUGGUACCUGUUCGACUGGGCGGUGAGGCCCUCAACCCAUCAUACAUCGAAUGUGUAAAGAACAUCCUAAAGCUGGAGUGUUGUAUUGGGAUCAUUGGAGGCAAACCGAAGCAUUCGCUGUUCUUUAUUGGUUUUCAAGAUGAGCAGCUGCUCUACCUUGACCCUCACUAUUGUCAGCCUGUGGUGGAUGUCUCACAAGGCAACUUUUCACUGGAGUCAUUUCACUGUAGUUCUCCCAAAAAGAUGCCCUUUAACCGUAUGGAUCCCAGCUGCACUAUCGGCUUUUAUGCCAAGAACAAGAAGGACUUUGAGUCUCUGUGUUCUGCUGUCAGUGUGGCUCUGUCAUCAUCUAAAGAGAAGUACCCCAUCUUCACCUUCGUAGAGGGCCGGGGUCAGGACUAUGGCCUUGAAGGUCACAGCAGUAACCACAGUGCACCUGCAGCCCACAUCCUCCCCCCGGGCAAACUGGGGAGGAGUAACAACAGAAGAAACAGUGAUGAGUUUGUCUUCCUGUAAUGCACUGUGGAGGCUGCUCCCCGCCUGCAGGGGGCACAAGAUGACACUUUUUUUCUUUUAAAAGGAGCGACUGGAUUAUUGUGACAAUGCAGCUGCUAGGACACCAUGCUUCUGAGCUUUAUUGUCCUCAUUGGUGAAUGGAAAUAGAAACUGUGUGGCUUUUGUCACCUUCGCUGUGUGUAAUCACCUCUGCAGACCACUGUGGGUACUAUAAGCUAAUGGGUGUUACCUGGUUCAGACUGGAGCAUUAUUUUAAGAGGUAAAGGUAUGAUUCAAACUUGACUUUGGAUAGAAAUGUUCCAUGCACUUGAAGUAUUCUUGAUUAUCUGACAGCUCAUUGAAGGCCUCAAAGGUUGGCGCAUGUGACUAAAAUCAAGCGCUUUAAAGUACUUCAGUUACACUCAACUACUGCGUUUCCUUCUGCUCUGAACUGAACAACAUAAUAUUUAAUGAUCUCCCUGGUCAGGCGACAGACCCGCCUGACAUUGUUCUUUAUUAUGGUGAAAGACUUGUAUUAUAGAUCAUCUGCUGUACAUCGCCUUUGUAUUUUCCACAAAUUUAAUUUAUUUAUCAGGUUGUGAUUUUGUUAAUGAACAUGUGUUUGAAUGUAUGAGUGAGUGUGGGUUAGUGCCGUUUGGUCUUAAAAUGUUUUAGUGUAUUUAGGAGUCAGUCACACCGUAUCCUUCAGUUUUUGUUUCACAUUCUUCCAAAAUCAUCUUGAGCAGCUCUACAUUCAUUCAGAUGUUGCAGUCUGCAUAAAAUAUCCCACAGGUGACUGGGGCUUUCAUCUCUCUAUUGCUCAUUAUUGAAAGUAUACAACACUCCCAGAAACCAGAACAUGUUUUAUUGCUCAAUAAGUAACUCCAGCUCCUUGGAACAGGAUGAAAAAAAUUCAUCCUUUUAGUGACAGGAGGCUGUAGAAACUAUUGUCCUCUAAAACUGGAUUCCUGAAGACUAAAAUACAUUUGCAGAAUAAAACCCAAAACAGCUCUUUCAAAGUCAGCUGUUUUCAUUUCAUGUUUCAUGACACAUGAAAUAUGUAUAAAGCUUUGACCUUGAUCUUAAGCUUUAUUUGCCUGGUCACUUUUGUGUUCUCCUUUUACAUGAAGCUACUACUGAAAGUUGCCCUACUGUUUGGUUUGUUGAUAUGUCCUGAAUAAACUUAAACACUGGAAUCACACCUCA